AUGGAACACCCGCUCUUUGGCUGCCUGCGCAGCCCUCACGCCACCGCGCAAGGCUUGCACCCGUUCUCCCAGUCCUCUCUCGCCCUCCAUGGAAGAUCUGACCAUAUGUCCUAUCCCGAGCUCUCCACUUCUUCCUCGUCUUGCAUAAUCGCGGGAUACCCCAACGAGGAGGGCAUGUUUGCCAGCCAGCAUCACAGGGGGCACCACCACCACCACCACCAUCACCACCACCACCACCAGCAGCAGCAGCACCAGGCUCUGCAAACCAACUGGCACCUCCCGCAGAUGUCCUCCCCGCCAAGCGCGGCUCGGCACAGCCUCUGCCUCCAGCCGGACUCGGGAGGGCCCCCGGAGCUGGGAAGCAGCCCGCCGGUCCUGUGUUCCAACUCUUCCAGCUUGGGCUCCAGCACCCCGACCGGGGCCGCGUGCCCGCCAGGGGACUACGGCCGCCAGGCGCUGUCACCCGCGGAGGCGGAGAAGAGAAGUGGCGGCAAGAGGAAAAGCGAUAGCUCAGACUCCCAGGAAGGAAAUUACAAGUCAGAAGUCAAUAGCAAACCCAGGAAGGAAAGGACAGCUUUUACCAAAGAGCAAAUCAGAGAACUUGAAGCAGAAUUUGCCCAUCAUAAUUAUCUGACCAGACUGAGGCGAUAUGAGAUAGCAGUGAAUCUGGAUCUCACUGAAAGACAGGUGAAAGUUUGGUUCCAGAACAGGCGAAUGAAGUGGAAGAGAGUAAAAGGAGGACAGCAAGGAGCUGCUGCUCGAGAAAAGGAACUGGUGAAUGUGAAAAAAGGAACACUUCUCCCUUCAGAGCUUUCGGGAAUCGGUGCAGCCACUCUCCAACAAACAGGGGACUCUCUAGCGAAUGAAGACAGCCACGACAGUGACCACAGCUCAGAGCAUGCACACUUAUGAUAUACACGGAGGGGAUCAGCUCCAUUCUCAGGAAAGAAAUGUUGUGAUGGCAAGCCUUCUUCGAACAUCGUUUACACAGAGAGAUGACUAGGACCGUGAUUUUUAAUAUUAUUAAAUUCAGGCAUCUCGAGUCUGUUUCUCAUGAUAUAUAGAGGGUUUACACUAAGUGCCACUUAUUAAAGUUUCUACUACAGUGAAGAUGGAGGUGAACUUGCUUUGAAUAUUGCAGAUGUGUUGGUCGUGUGUAUGACAGUGAGCAGCUUUGUGUUUGCUUUUGCUUGCACUGAAAAUUAAAUUGCUAUCAAGAGCAAACUAUGAGACAUGUGCAUUGAAGGUGCCUCCAGAGUGAAGAUGCAGAAGGUGAAUUUGCUCUGAACAUUCCAGAUGUCCGAGGUUAUGUGUGUGACAGUGGGCAGGUAUUUGCUCUUGCUUGCACUGACAAUUACACUACUAUCAAGAAUAAACCAUGAGACAUUUUAUCCUGAACAGCCACAGUGCCUGAAAUCACUCUUAAGUGGAUUAAAAAAUGUAUUUUAACUCUGUAUAUAUUACCCUUAAGUCAUUUUACUGUCUUCACUAAGUUUAGCAAUGCAUUCGUAUUAGCUGAUGAAAAUAGGCACUCACAAUGACAGCCAGAGCCAGCUUCUUGUCUUUUUAUACAUUUUGUCAUCCCAGGAACAAUCAGCACAUGCUUACUUGUGUUUGAGUAGAGAAAAAUACAUUAGAGUCUGAUAGGACAUAUUCUUGUACCACAGACAAAACAAAUCUUAUGUUGCAUUUUCUAUCAACUGCUGCUAAUACAUUAUUAUAAAACUUACCUAGCUCCUCAGUUCUUCCUAUCUUAUAGCUUGGAAAAAAAAUUUAGGAUCAUAGGCAAAUCAGUUACUUGCAGAAAGAGCUUUGUAUGACAGACAUUGUCUGAUUUUAUUUCUAUAAAAUGUUAGCUGUUUGAAUAUGAUUUAAUUAACAAGAAAAAGAGUUCCCCCCUGAUUGGCCAUGGUAGACAAGUUGCAAAACAAAAUUGAUUCCUCAAGUUGGUAGAAGGUAAAAUUCUGAAUGUUUUCAAAUUAAAUUC